AAAAGAAUUAUCCAUGGGUGUCGACUCUCUGGGGUAAAUAAUAAAAAAAGAGAGAAAAGAAGACAAGACACCAUGGCUUCUUCACGAGCAAAACUAGCAGAGUUGCGCGCUCUGCGUGCCGCAGGGAAGAAGCGUCUUUCGACGUACGAGGUCGAAGAUCAAGGGGAUAUCUAUGAGGAGGUUGAUGACGAAGGAUAUAAGAAAGUUAUCCGGAGCCGACUUGAUGAAGAUGAUUUCGUUGUCGACGAUAACGGUGCAGGUUACGCCGAUGACGGUCGCGAGGUGUGGAACGAACAGACGGCCGAAUACUACGACAGCGAUAGCGAUGACGACGGAUUGCCCGCCCGAGGCAAAGCUGCGAAGAGAAAGCGAGAGGAGGAACAGCAAAGGCAGGAAAAGAUCAACAACGGGAUCUCCAAAUACUUCAACAAGGGUAGUGCCGCGACGGCUCCAAAGCCUAAGCCGACUGUCACUGUAGAAGACGAUGCUUUCAUGGCUGAUCUCCUCGGAGAGGUCGAUACCAAUGUCGCCUCGAAACAGCCGCCCCCGACGAAGAAUAUAGUGAAAUCGGAAACGCGCCGAAAAGUCCGCAUCCUUUCCCCUCCCUUGUCUCAUAGGGCACGCGAGCAAAAUCAGGAUAGAAAGAAUGAAAACAUCGAGCCAGCAUCGCCCGUUGGCCAAGAGCAAGAACAGGAUUUUAAUAUGGACAACGAUGACGCGCCACUCCCGACCGCAGACGACGACGAUGUCCCAAUGAGCGAUCCGAUGCCAUCUUCCCCGAUCAGCAAAGCCGUGGAGAGGAAAAUAACCGUCCCUGUCAAGGUCGAAGAACCGGAGGAAGAUGAUAAUGACUGGAUGGAAAUUGCCGAAGUUACUGGACAACAGGAGGCUAAGACCACAAGCGUCAACAUGUCUGGUAGCCGCCCUGUCCCCCAGAUCAAAAAAGAGAUCAAACCCACCCCUAUGGGUUCCUCCCCCGCUAAGCCUUCAACGGAAGUUGUUGAUGCGUCCUGGAACGACGUGAGGAACAAGCUCAAUGUCGUCAGUAGCCCAGCAUCAGAAGCCAAGGGCUUCGGCAAACUUCGCGCACAGGACGUUGUCGAGGAAGAUGGAAGCCUCCGUAUGUUCUGGAUGGAUUUUACAGAAGUCCAUGGGAGUCUAUGCUUGUUUGGAAAGGUGAAGAAUAAGCGAAACGGCACCUAUACGAGCGCGUUCGUCAAGGUCGAUAAUAUCCUCCGAAAACUUUACUUCCUUCCUCGAGAACAGAGGCAUAAGCACGGCCGAGAAACAGAUGAGGAAGUCGAUAUGGAAGAUGUCUACGGCGAAGUUGAUGACAUGAUGUCGAGGCUCAAGGUCGGUAUGCAUAAGAUCAAGCCAUGCACUCGCAAAUAUGCAUUCGAGCUGCCCGGCGUUCCCAAGGAGUCGGAGUACCUCAAGCUACUGUACCCUUACGAUAAGCCUCCGCUACCUAUGGAUACUCAGGGAGAGACCUUUUCACGCGUUUUCGGCACUAAUACGUCACUAUUUGAACAAUUUGUUCUCUGGAAGAAUCUCAUGGGUCCAUGCUGGCUUAAGAUCGAUGAAGCCGAUUUCUCAGCUGUGAACAACGCGUCCUGGUGCAAAUUUGAAUGCCAGGUCUCUAAACCAGCUCUCAUCGCCCCUGUAUCAGACUCCGAGAAUUUGGAAGCUCCGCCUUUGACACUGAUGAGUCUUUCGUUCAAGACGCAAAUGAACGUGAAGGAAAACAAACAGGAGAUCAUUGUGGCGAGCGCUCGUGUGUACGAGAAUGUCUCCCUAACAGACCCAACACCCCCCGAGAAUCUGCCUUGCAAGACCUUCACGGUAAUGCGUCCUAUUGGGUCGUCGUAUCCGAUUAAUUUCGAGGCGGAGACACGAAAGCAACGCGGCACAUACAUGCUGGAAAAGACAGAGCAAUUCUUGCUCAGUAAAUUCCUUGCAUUGUUUGAGAGAAUGGACCCUGACGUCUUGAUGGGCCAUCAGUUGCAAGAAGUGGAUCUUAGCAUCCUUCUAAGCCGACUGAAAGAGAAAAAGACGCCGGGCUGGCAUCGUCUUGGACGCUUAAAGCGCGGAGAUUGGCCCAAGAAUUUCAACAAGGGCGGUGGCUUCUUCACUGAGAGACAUCUCAUCGCUGGGAGAUUGAUGUGCGACGUGGCUAACGACAUGGGCAAGUCUCUUAUGCCGAGAUGUCAAUCGUGGAGUUUGACCGAAAUGUGUGAUCUUUAUCUCGGACAGGGUAACGCACGCCAGGAACUGGACACAGAAGCGGCAUUGAAAUCAUGGGCCACCACAAAAGAUGGGCUCAUGAAUUUCGUCAACCACUGUGACACAGACACCUACUUCAUCGCUGCACUGGUCUUGAAACUUCAGAUGUUGUCUCUCACAAAAGUGCUAACCAACAUUGCCGGCAACUCUUGGGCACGGACUCUGAGUGGUACUCGCGCCGAGCGUAAUGAGUACAUUCUGCUCCACGAAUUUCAUCGCAACAAGUACAUCUGUCCUGACAAGUAUUCUUCGAAAUUGCAAAAGGCAGAAGAAAAGACACAUGAUGGUGGUGAUGACGAUGACUCUGCGGAUAAGAAGAAGAAGGACAAGUACAAAGGUGGUCUUGUUUUCGAACCCGAAAGAGGCCUUUACGACAAGUUUGUCUUGGUGAUGGACUUUAACAGUCUGUACCCGAGUAUCAUUCAGGAGUACAAUAUAUGCUUCACCACGGUGGAGCGGACUGCAACGGCCCAGAAUGAUAUUGAAGAGAAAGUACCCGAGGUGCCUUCUUCAGACCAAGACCAGGGGAUCCUGCCCAAGAUCAUUGCAACCCUUGUUGGCCGGCGUCGUGAGGUGAAGAAGCUGAUGAAAGACAAGCGGGCGACACCCGAGGAACUAGCCCUGUGGGACACGAAGCAGUUAGCUUUCAAGCUGACUGCCAACUCUAUGUACGGCUGUUUGGGAUAUACUCAGAGUCGUUUCUAUGCGCGUCCGUUGGCGAUGCUCACCACGUUCAAGGGUCGUGAGAUUCUUCGCAGCACUAAGGAAUUGGCAGAGUCGCAGCAGCUAAGAGUCAUCUAUGGUGAUACCGAUUCCGUCAUGAUCAACACGAAUAUGGACACUAUCAGCGAAGCACUUAAAGUCGGAGAGGACUUCAAGAAAACCGUCAACGAAAAGUACCGCCUCCUGGAGAUUGAUAUUGACAAUAUAUUCCGCCGUCUUCUCUUGCAUGCCAAGAAAAAGUACGCCGCUGUUAAUAUGUCUGAGAUCGAUGGCAAGUAUGUGGACAAGUUGGAAGUCAAGGGUUUGGAUAUGAAGCGACGUGAGUACUGCGCUCUGUCGAAGGAGGUCUCUCAGAAGCUCUUGAACGAGAUUCUCUCCGGAGAGGACCCGGAGCUCGUCCUCAACCGCGUCCACGACUAUCUGCGCGAGUUGGCGGACAAGAUGCGGGAAUACACUAUCCCCGUGCAGAAAUACGUGAUUUACACGAAACUCUCCAAACGUCCUUCGGAAUACCCUAAUAAGGAAUCUAUGCCUCCAGCACAAGUUGCGCUCCGUGAGCUUGCUCGCGGUAAAAUGGUUCGGCCCAACGACGUCAUAUCUUACGUUGUCACCAAUGGCGAUUCGGAGACAGCGUCGCUUCCCCCUGCGAAGCGUUCAUACACGCUUCAAGAUGUGAUGAAGUCCGACCUGGGUCUGAAACCCGACGUUGAGUUUUACCUUCUGAAGCAGAUCUUCCCUCCCAUCGAGCGUCUAUGCGCUCCCAUCCCCGGGACGGACGCGGUUCGGCUGGCCGAGUGCCUGGGUCUAGAUGUGCGCAAGUACCAGAUUAACACUUCCAGUGGAAGCAACCAGCAAAACUCCGAAAUCUUCCCCCUAGAGUCGCAGAUUCCGGACUCUGUACGUUUCGAGAACGUGGCACGGCUCGUGUUAACCUGCCGUUCCUGCAAGGAGAAGUCAACCUUCGAAGGAUUGGCCAUGUCUACAGAAUUGUGCAAUGCCCAUGGAAUCAUUUGCUCAAAUUCGGCCUGUCGAAAACAAUUAUCAGUUUUGACAAUCAUCGCACAGCUGGAGAACCAGAUCCGCGCCCAGACAUCCAAAUACUACGAUGGAUGGGCGGUAUGUGACGAUUCUGCCUGUGGCAACCGAACAAGACAGAUCAGCGUUUACGGACACCGAUGCCUUGGUCCCCGCGGGCAUGCGGAAGGCUGUCUGGGGCGAAUGAACUACGAGUACACCGAGAAGCAAAUCUACAACCAGCUGCUAUACUUUGCCGGGCUUUGGGAUGUGGAUAAGGCCCGGUCCGCCAUCCAGAAGGAGCCCGCGGGGGAGAAGAAAGACAGCGUGGCAGCGCUGGUCGAAUUCAACCGCACACGCGGAGUCCUCCAAUUCCCGCACCUUCGGCUAUCAUCUUUUGUUGGAUUCCCAACUGUAUCAACCAGCGACUUGAUCACCAUGCCCGUCCCGCGGGUUCUGGUCAUCGCAGGGUCCGACAGUUCGGGCGGCGCCGGCCUAGAGGCGGAUCAGAGGGUUCUGGCGGCACAUGGCUGCUACGCUCUUACCGCGACUACGGGCCUGACGGCGCAGAACACUCUGGGGGUGCAGGACGUGUUUGUCGUUCCGGCCAACUUUGUGAAGAAGCAGAUCCUUGCGGGGUUAGAUGAUGUUGGGGCGGACGUUGUCAAGUUGGGCAUGCUCUCGUCUGCAGAGACAAUCGACGUCAUCGCUGAGGUAUUGGCCUCGCAUCAUGUUCCUCAGGUGGUGCUUGAUCCGGUAAUGGUGUCUACAAGCGGAUCGGAGUUGUUACCAGGGCCGGCAAUUCAGGGUCUGCGGACGAAACUACUACCAUUCACCACGAUCUUAACCCCUAAUAUCCCGGAAGCGCUACUGUUACUCAGAGAUGCCGGCGUGAGCACCUCGGAGCCGAAAAACCUUGCCGACGUCGUCAGUCUCGCGAAGCAAAUAUGCGCCUUGGGCCCCAAGGGAGUCCUGCUCAAGGGAGGGCACCUGCCACUGACAAAGGAUCACGAGACACCACAUGAUCCAAAGGACGCCACGAUAGUAAUUGAUGUCUUGUAUGAUGGGACGGACGUCACGUUGUUUGAGACUGGCUUCCUGAUCUCGAAGAACACGCAUGGCACGGGCUGCUCCCUUGCGUCUGCCAUUUCUGCCAAUUUGGCUCGAGGACAGAGCAUUAAGCAAGCUGUUCACGCUGCUGUGCGCUUCGUUGAGGCUGGUAUCAGGACUAGCUUCGAUCUAGGGAAAGGCAGUGGGCCGAUAAAUCACUUCCAUUCCGUGUAUACGUUACCGUUUGCGCCUGGCCGCUUCUUGGAGUAUGCGUUGGGUCGCUCUGACGUGCAGCCAGUAUGGGAGAAAUUCACAAAGCAUGGGUUUGUCUCCAGCAUGGCCAACGGCACACUUCCUGUCGAGAACUUCAAGCAGUAUCUCGUCCAGGAUUAUCUCUAUCUGGUUCACUUUGCGCGAAGCAAUGCGCUCGCAGCGUACAAGGCCAAAACUAUGGCAUCUAUCUCCGCGUCAUCGCAAAUCGUUCUACACAUUGAACGCGAGACCGCGCUGCAUCUCGAUUACUGCGCAUCUUUCGGGCUAACUAAGGAGGAGAUGGAGCGGACCCCGGAACAUCUUGCAUGCACGGCAUACAGUCGGUACAUUCUUGACGUCGGCCAGUCAGAGGACUGGCUUGCGCUCCAGAUGGCGUUGGCACCAUGUUUGAUCGGUUAUGGAGCCAUCGCCCGACGACUGCACGCAGACCAAGAGACCCUCCGAGAGGGCAACCGAUACUGGCAAUGGAUCGAGAAUUACGUCGCCGAUGAUUACACCAAAGCAGUCCAGCUCGGAUCUGAACUGCUGGAGACCCACAUGCGCGACGUUUCGCCCAGUCGAAUGGAAGAGUUGAUCCAGAUUUUCAUUCGGGCGACAGAAUUAGAGGUUAAAUUCUGGGACAUGGGGCUGGGUGGCGACCGAGUGUAAACAAGCAUCGAGGAGGUUCUAUACCGUUCCUCUAGAAGAGAAGACGUAUUACAUAUAUAGAACAGCCUCCCAUUUUCUAUAGAUAGGGAAUCCAU